UUCCUUCUCCUUGUUCUCCUUAUAUCCUUGGUUUUAUAAUGUCUAUGUAACAGCAGCACAAUUCUAGCAGACAGUCUUUUCUUUUUACUGUAUUUUUCCACAUUAUACGUCUUGACACAUCAUAAUGGAUAUUAUGUUUCUAGUUUUGCUUCAACUGAUCUCUCCCCACCCUUCUUUUUGACCUCAAAGACUCAAAGUCCAUUCACGGUUUGAUUUUAUAGCUGCGUAAAUGAACAGAACAGUUGCAGCUGAAUGAAGAAUGUCUCGGUCAUCAGCGCCAAAAGCAAAAGCCACCUGGACACCUUCAAUCCGCAAAAUUUUUGUUGAUUCAUGUCUAGAACAAACCUUAAAGGGGAAUAGACCAGGUACUCAUUUUACAAAGGAAGGCUGGAAGAACAUUGGAGAAUCAUUGUACAAGAAGGCUGGCUUGAGAUAUGACAAGAAACAAAUAAAGAAUCAUUGGGAUGCCACUAAGGAACAAUGGAAAAUCUGGUGCGAGCUCAUCAGCACUAGUGACAUGAAAUGGGAUCCAGAAACCAAUACAUUUGGUGCAAGUGAGGAAGAUUGGACUGAAUAUAUCCAUGCACAUCCUGAAGCUGCCCAAUUUCGUUUUAAAGAACUUCAACACCUUGACAAACUGGAAAUCAUCUAUGAUUUUACAAGCAGUGUACACAUGGAAACCUCUCAUCAGCGUGAGAGGCAGAAUGAUAGCUCAACCACCUCUCUUUUGCAUACAAAAGACCCAGGCACAGCAGAUCUGUAUGACAAGAACAAGAGCCUAGAAAGUACUGCUACAGUUCAGUCUAAAUAUGGCAGAAAAAUUACAGAAGAGGUGUCAAAGGGAAACCGACCUGGGACUCAUUUUACAAAAGAGGGAUGGAGGAAUAUUGUUCAUUCAUUCCAUGUCAAAACUGGACUUAGGUUUGAUAGGAUGCAACUUAAGAACCAUUGGGAUGUCACAAAGGAACAAUGGAAAGUGUGGUGUAAGCUAGUGGGUACUGUUAGUAUGAAGUGGGAUCCAAAUACUAAUGAUUUUGAUGUGAGUGAAGAAGACUGGAUGAAAUAUGUUGAGGCUAACCCAGAAGCUGCUCAAUUUCGUUUCGAGGAAUUCCAGUUAGCUGACAAAUUGGGAAUCAUGUUCGAUGGGAUAACAAAUACUGGAGAGACAGAACCUCCUGUCCAGCUUAAAAUGCUUAAUGAUGGCUCAACUGAUUCACUUUUGCAUAAGGAAGAACCAAUCAUAGCAAAGCCUAUGCAAAUGAUAAAACCUCUUUCUGAUGUCAUUGAAUCAAGCAGUGCUUUGACUGUUCAAUCUACACGAGGCAAACUGCAAUAUAGCAUUGGAGAAUGUAUUGAAUGUCUUGAUGGGAUGGAGGAAAUCGAACAAGGAAGCGACUUGUACUUGUUUGCAUUAGAUAUAUUCCUAAAGAAGGAAUACAGAGAAAUUUUCCUUCAGCUACAGGCGCCCCGUGUAAGGAUUGCAUGGUUGCAGCGGCUGCAAAACGCUGCUCUUCCUUUGCAUAUAGUGUGAGGGAUCCCGUUCUACCUUGUCUUAGGAUUGAAUUUUUUUCUUGUGUCAGGAAUGGUGCUUGAACUUGUGUUCGUCAAUUGUCCUGAUUUUAUUAUUUUUUUGAGAAAACUUUGUUCAUUUCGCUACUUGGAUCGCACUUCAUAUUUUCAAUGCUCACACUGCUGCAUCUUGGGGCAAA